UUACGCAUCCGUCGGGCAAUUUGACACUGCGCUGACGCAUUGUGCGUGCAGAGCGACCGACAGAGUCAGUUCAUCGCGUUGGCUGCGUUUCCUGUCUUCGUCAUAUCCACCAGGACCCGCUCGUGCCAUCGUCCAGCCCCGCUAUUUCCCCUCGGUCUCCUUCCCCCGCUGCCAUGCCCGCCGAAACGACCGCGUCUCCUCUCGGAAGAGUCCCACAGGAGGUCCUCGAGCACAUCGCCUUCUUCGCCGCCACCGACGGCUUCCUGGGCCCCCCCGCCGGCCUCGUCCCUCUCCUCUCCCUAAAUAGGGCAAUGCACGACGCCCUCUCGUUCCAAAACAACCCGCACCUGUACGCCCGGGUUUUCGCCGGAAAGUACGACGAGGACGCCGCCGUCCGUCGUCUGGGCGCCGCCCAGCUCCCCGCCACCGCGCUCGCGGAGGAGCUCCAGAGACGCAGCCUCGUCCUCAAGCGAAUACGCGCCCGCUACGACAGCAAGGUCCCGUCCAGCGACAAGCACCUCGGCCGCGUCAUGUGGACCGCGUACCUCAUGGUGCUCGAGAACGACGGCAAGAACGAGCGGCAGCUCCUCGAGUAUGCGCGCGCGAACGAGUGGCUCAAAGAGUAUCUCUUCGACGCCCGCGGUGCCUCGCAGUUCUUCGAGACGAUAACGGCGUCCGAUAAAUGGAUUGCCAACUCGGAACUGAUGUCCCUGGCCUUGUGGCUCUUCUGGUACCUAUUGCAGCCGGAGGAUUACCUGAACAAUGACGCGCCCUCUCGCGACGCGUCGGGUAUACUGAAGGUGAUAGCCCUCGGUGCUCACAAGUACCCUUCGUGCUACCCAGACUGGGUAGACUUUGUCCCUCGCGGCCCGAAUACCGCGCCCACGACAAUCAGACACUUUUCCUCCGAGUUCAGGCUGGUCGCGCCCGCCCCGGCCCCGGCAGCGAUCCUCGCGUAUCUGACGUUGGCAAACAAGUCGGGGGUGUCGUGGGACAGUAUCAGCUACUCGAAGCCCAUCUUCCCGCCUCUCGACGUCGACCGUACGGCGCGCACCAGUGCCGAGCGCGACUGCGAGUGGGCGCGCCUGCGCAACCUCGCCGAGCCCAAGAUCUUCCUGCGGCCGACCAUGUCGGGGGCCUUCACCCCGGGGAGCCUCGAGGGCGUGUGGGAGGGGGUCUUCACUUACACCGAGUUCACGUCGUACGCCGCGCUGCUGUCGGGCGCGCCGCCGAGCGUGCUGCAGAGGAGCCUCGUCGCGCAGCACUCGCAGACGAUCAAGGUGCGCGAGUGGCACUUUGUCGCGCCCGCUGCCGACCACGACAACGACCACGACCACGACGCGGACGCGGACGCGCCGAUGCUGCUGCUGCACGGCGACCACGAGCAGCGCCCGCUCGGUCCCGGGAACCCCUCGCGCGGGUACGUGCCCGACGGGAUCGAGAUCCACGAGGGCUCGGACCGGCUCGAGCUCGUGCUGCCCGGGCACAAGCGGCCGGUCGUGUACCACGCGUGGGCGAGCGUGCGGAAGCAGGGCCUGCAGGCGCGCGUGCAGGACGUGUUUCUUACGGGAGAGGGCCACUCGGCGUGGGGCCAGUUCAACCUCGUCGGCCGCGUGCGGCCGAGCGACGGGUACAUCAGCCUGUCGAAGGAAUACAUGCAGACCGAUGGCGACCGUGGCAAGUGGCUCUACCGCGCGUACAUGGUCGGCAACGCGAACGGAAACCUCGCAGGGCGCUGGCGCGACACGCUCAGUCCUGCGCACAUCCAGGGGUACGAGGGGACGUGGGUGGCCAGUCGGCGCAGGUAGACCGUGUGGACUGCAGGCGGACGCAGGCCGAUGCUCCCGCAUUGUAUUGGACGCGCCGCGGCGGAGCGGAAGUGGGAAGAUGGUGCAUGACGGGGACUGGUCAAAUUUGCUUUACUUGCAUCCAUGGUGUCACAUUAGCUGGGGUCUUGGUCGUUCUCUCAAUUUCUCAAUUAUCCUGCCACAGGAUCCUGGCGGACGGUCGCGAUCGUGUUCAUGCCUGGCUUUAGAGUCUGGCGUUCUCGCGCGAUUCGUUUAAUGAACGUGCUGCAAGCCGUCUACCCGACCCGUUCCUAUCAUUCUCAACGCGGAAGUGACACACGCUUGUAGGCAAUGCGACAAGACGCCUCCC